CCAAAUUAAAGAUAGCGGUAUUGCUAAGAAAUAGAUAGUGCUGAAAUGGGUCGUACAUGUGACAUGGUUGGAUGUACAAAUUCAAAUUAUAAAACCAAAGCAAUAAGCUAUCAUAGCCUACCGUCAGACGAACUGUUAAGAGGGAAAUGGUUAGAUGCCAUCAAUGCCAAUGGAGGAUUUCGGCAAUCGAAAACGAGAAAGAAAACACACAACUGCGAUAAUACGUAUGUGUGUGGGGUCCAUUUCUCAGAUGAUUGCUAUGUUUCAACAGCGAAACAAAAACAUUUGAAACCAACAGCUAUUCCAACAUUCCCACCUGUCGAGAAACGAGGCUGUCACGAAAAAACCAAAUCAAAGGAUCCUGCAGAAGAUGACAACUAUAGGAUAAGUGUAAAUCAAAUGCAAUUACAAAUGACAUAUGAGCUAUCUGAAGAAGAUUCACCCAAAGUCAAACAAACAGUGAGCACCAAAUCAAAGAUGAAAAAGGUAAUUGCCAACAAAUCUAAGAAGAGUAGGUCUCCAAUCUUGUCAGGUGAUUUAUCUGAUGAUAUUAUCCAACAGUGUAGGAGGAACAGCAUGAUUACUCAUCUAAGUCAUAAUGAUGGAGUGCCUAUUAUGCAUCCAUUUACAUCUGCCACAACCCAGCCUAUUGAAAUUUCAAGCAACGAAGGGGAGUCUGCCACCACACUUGAACAGCUGGAGAGUGACAUCAGCAAUGGCUACAGAACACUGGAAACAAUUGACCUUUACUUACAGCAGCUUUUCCAAGAAAAGCAAGAAUUGGAACAUGAAGAGGCAUUGAUGCGUUUGUUUGAUCUAAAGGAGGAGAUCCACAGCCAGCUUGUUCAUAGAAAACAAGAACAAUUGACAAAAGAAAUGGCGUGGACAGAAGAACAAGAAUCUGUUUAUGACCUACAAAGGAAUUUGGUGAAUGAUGAUAAAAAUGUAGAACAUUUAAGGGAAAUGGAAAAAAUCCUGGCUGAACGAGAGGAGGAAAUCAGACAAUUGAGACAGUCCACGAAUGAUGAGAUUUGCACCCUAGAAGAGAAACUAAAAAGUAUUGAGCGUCGCAUUUCGGAAUUUAAAGAAAAUAGAAUAUCAAAGUUGGAAGAACUGUUAAGUCAGGAAUCAAUCUUGCAAAUGAAAAAGAAGGACCACAUUGAAGAUCUCAAGCAAAAAAUAGAUGCAUCUAAAGUACUUGAAAUUAAGUUAAUCCAACUUAAAGCCAGGGAACGAUUACACAGAUUAAAUUGCCUAACUUUAUAGUCCCCAUUCUGACAGGAUGGAUGCCAGUGUCUGCAAUCGAUUCAAAACUUGAGCCUAUUUGCAUUGAUACACA